AUGGAUCGUGUGGUUGGUGGAAAGUAUAAGCUGGGACGUAAACUUGGAAGUGGAUCAUUUGGUGAACUUUUUCUAGGGGUGAAUGUGCAAACUGGAGAAGAAGUAGCUGUAAAGCUUGAACCUGCACGAGCUAGGCAUCCGCAGCUUCAUUAUGAGUCAAAGCUCUACAUGCUUCUUCAAGGAGGAACUGGUAUACCACACCUGAAAUGGUACGGUGUGGAGGGUGAAUACAACUGCAUGGUGAUUGACCUUUUGGGCCCUAGCAUGGAGGAUUUAUUUAAUUAUUGUAGUCGGAGGUUCAAUCUAAAGACGGUUCUAAUGCUCGCGGAUCAGAUGAUAAAUAGAGUUGAGUAUAUGCAUGUCCGGGGAUUCCUUCAUCGUGAUAUAAAGCCAGAUAACUUUUUGAUGGGUCUUGGACGCAAAGCAAACCAGGUUUACAUCAUUGACUACGGGCUUGCGAAAAAGUACAGAGAUCUUCAAACUCAUAGGCACAUUCCUUACAGGGAAAACAAGAAUCUUACUGGAACAGCGAGAUAUGCAAGUGUUAACACUCAUCUUGGAAUUGAGCAAAGUAGGAGGGACGAUCUGGAAUCUCUUGGCUAUGUGCUUAUGUAUUUUCUUCGAGGAAGUCUUCCUUGGCAAGGCCUUCGUGCGGGUACCAAAAAGCAGAAGUAUGACAAGAUCAGCGAAAAGAAAAGGCUGACACCCGUAGAGGUUCUUUGUAAAUCCUUUCCACCUGAGUUCACAUCAUACUUUCUCUAUGUACGAUCAUUGCGGUUUGAAGACAAACCUGAUUAUCCAUACCUGAAGAGGCUUUUCAGGGAUCUCUUCAUCCGAGAAGGUUAUCAGUUUGACUAUGUAUUUGACUGGACAAUCUUGAAGUAUCCACAGUUCGGCUCUAGCUCCAGCUCAAGCUCCAAACCAAGAUCAAGCCUUAGACCAGCUCUGAAUCCUCCAGUACCAUCUGCCGAGAGACCAGAAAAGCCUUCAGCUGCUGGACAAGACAGUCGCGAUAGAUUCUCGGGUGCUUUAGAGGCAUACGCUAGAAGGAAUGGCUCAGGAAGUGGCGCGGUUCAAGCUGAUCGAUCUAGACCAAGAACAUCAGAGAAUGUAUUAGCAGCAUCAAAGGACGCAACAACACCACAAAACUACGAGAGAGUCGAAAGACCAAUCUCGUCAACAAGACACGCAAGUUCUUCAAGAAAAGCCAUUGUCUCGAGCGUUCGAGCCACUUCUUCAGCUGAUUUCACAGAGAACCGCUCGAGCAGAGUUGUCCCAAACAAUGGCCGUUCCUCAACCGCUCAAAGGACUCAGCUUGUUCCUGACCCGACCACUAGACCAUCGUCUUCUUCUUUCGCCCGAGCUGCGCCAUCUAGGACUACUCGUGACAACAUGCCGGUCCCGAGCCUUGAGCUACUCAGCAUUGGGAAUGGGAAGAGGAAGUGA